AUACAGCCUCAGUUAUACACCUUAAACUCCUGCAGAAUGGCUCCGUCACCCUGACUCACUGCCUCUCAGCUGUUUAAGAAAUAGAUUUUUUCCUAACCUUCAGUUAAAGCUGUCCUUGUGGUUACAAUACACUUACACACAGCAGAUUCUGCCGUUCUCAAUGGAGUUACCAGUAGUCAGCGAUGGUAUUCAGCUGGCCGCAUACAGACCCAGCAUCCCUCUGUCAGCAGGCAACGGGAAGGCAACACCUGGAGGUUAUGAUCAGUCUGGUUACCAUCAGUGUUAUGGUGAUGUGAGCAGCGUAGCAUCCUGUGGAUCGGAUGCUCGCACUGGCUACGAGACUCUGGAUUCUCCACCACACUACGACUUCUACGCCAACACCGAGGUGUGGGGCCGACGGAGGCGCUUCAGACCCUCUCUGUACCAGCUUCACGCAAACCCUGAGGAUGACUUCAGACCUCCCUUGUAUGAGGAGACAACAGGUGGACAGAUGGAAGGAGACAGCCCUGACGAAGACGACGAGGAAGAGCUGAAGGAACCUCCACCUCAGCCUACUCGCUUCGGCUGGGUACAAGGAGUGAUGAUCCGUUGCAUGUUAAAUAUCUGGGGGGUGAUCUUGUACCUGAGGUUGCCUUGGAUCACUGCUCAAGCUGGUAUAGGUCUGACCUGGGUGAUUAUCCUGGUAUCGUCUUGUAUAACAGGGAUCACCGGGCUCUCGACUUCAGCCAUCGCGACCAAUGGAAAGGUCAAAGGAGGUGGGACCUACUUCCUGAUCAGUCGCAGCCUCGGCCCAGAGCUGGGUGGGUCCAUUGGUCUCAUCUUUGCUUUUGCCAAUGCUGUGGCUGUGGCCAUGCACACUGUGGGCUUUGCUGAGACUGUUGUAGACCUCAUGCGUGAAAACGGAGCUGCCAUGGUGGACCGAACCAAUGACAUCCGCAUCAUUGGCAUCAUCACUGUCACAUGCCUUCUGGGUAUCUCAAUGGCUGGUAUGGCAUGGGAGUCAAAGGCCCAGGUUCUGUUCUUCCUGGUCAUCAUGGUGUCAUUUGCCAGCUACAUUGUCGGAACCAUCAUGCCUGCUUCACCACAAAAACAAGCCAAGGGUUUCUUCAGCUACAAAGCGGAUAUUUUUGCCACCAAUUUUGUGCCAAACUGGCGUGGGACAGAGGGAAGCUUCUUUGGCAUGUUCUCCAUCUUUUUCCCCUCUGCUACGGGCAUCCUGGCAGGAGCUAACAUCUCUGGAGAUCUGAAGAAUCCAACAGUUGCCAUCCCCAGGGGAACACUGAUGGCAAUAUUCUGGACGACCCUUUCUUAUAUCAUCAUCAGUGCUACCAUCGGAUCCUGUGUGGUGCGGGAUGCGUCAGGCCUUUUAAACGACACCAUGUCAACGAACUCUUCCAGGGAGGAUUGUGUCGGUUUAGCUUGUCACUAUGGAUGGGACUUCAGCGAGUGCAUCAACAACAACACAUGCAUCUAUGGCAUGAGUAACUACUAUCAGACGAUGAGCAUGGUGUCCGCCUUCGGCCCUCUCAUCACUGCUGGUAUAUUUGGAGCAACACUGUCCUCUGCUUUGGCCUGCCUGGUGUCUGCUCCCAAAGUCUUCCAGUGUCUGUGUAAGGACAAACUCUACCCUUUCAUCGGCUUCUUUGGCAAAGGUUACGGCAAGAAUGAUGAACCGCUCAGAAGCUACUUCCUGACGUACAUCAUCGCUGCCUGCUUCGUUCUCAUUGCUGAGUUGAACACCAUCGCUCCCAUCAUCUCCAACUUCUUCCUCUGCUCCUACGCUCUGAUCAACUUCAGCUGCUUCCAUGCCUCAAUCACCAACUCACCAGGCUGGCGUCCAUCCUUCAGGUUCUACAGUAAGUGGCUGUCGCUGCUGGGCUCUGGCUGUUGCGUGGUCAUCAUGUUCCUGUUGACUUGGUGGGCGGCCCUCAUUGCCUUCGGCGUUGUCUUCCUCCUUUUGGGAUACACUCUCUACAAGAAGCCCGAUGUAAACUGGGGGUCCUCAGUGCAGGCGAGCUCCUACAACAUUGCCCUGAACCAGUGUGUGGGCCUCAACCAUGUGGAGGAGCAUGUCAAGAACUACAGGCCUCAGUGUUUGGUGCUGACAGGUCCUCCCAGCAGUCGACCAGCUCUGGUGGAUCUCGUCAGCUGUUUCACUAAGAGUCUCAGUCUCAUGAUGUGUGCCAAUGUGGUCACUGCUGAUCCCUCCCCAUCAGCAGUUGAAAAGGCGAGCAGCAACACUCCUGUGACCUGGCUGAACCAGCGGAAGGUGAAGUCAUUCUACAGGGGUGUGGUGGCUACAGAGCUACGGUCAGGAGUUAACGUGCUGCUACAGGGGGCAGGUUUGGGUCGUAUCAAGCCAAACGUUCUUCUGAUGGGUUUCAAGAAAGACUGGCGCACUGACACACCCGAGGCUGCACACAGUUACAUAGGAAUACUGCAUGAUGCCUUUGACCUGCAGUAUGGUGUGUGCAUGCUGAGGAUGAGGGAGGGACUGGAUGUCUCUCGUCCAUCUCAAUCUCACGUUAAUCGAGGCUUCAGUGAAGGACCAGAGGGUAUCAACAUCAUCUCUGCCCCUCCCUGCAUUCAAACAAGCAUUGCCUCUACUGUCUCGCUUGAAGCCGAGCCUCAGCCGAGCACUGUGUUCCAGAAAAAACAAGGGAAGAAGACCAUCGAUGUGUACUGGCUGUCUGAUGACGGAGGUCUGACCCUGCUGCUGCCCUACCUGCUGACUCGGAGGAAGCGCUGGGCCAGAUGUAAGGUCCGAGUGUUUGUGGGAGGAGAGACAGACAAGAAGGAAGAGAAGAGGGAGGAGGUGCUGGCACUGCUCAAGAAGUUCCGUCUUGGUUUCCAUGAUGUUGAAGUUCUUCCUGACAUCUACCAGGACCCUCAACCUGGAAAUGUUGAUCAGUUUGAGAAGAUGGUGGGUCACUUAAGGCUGGAUACAAACCCCAAACAGGACCCUGGGUCAACAAGACAGCAGGAGGAGCCGUGGAUGAUCACUGACCAGGACUUAGAGAGGAACAAGGCCAAGUCUCUCCGUCAGAUCCGUCUGAAUGAGGUCCUGCAGGAUUACUCCAGGGAAGCUGCUCUCAUUGUUGUCACCAUGCCGGUCGGGAGGAGAGGAGUGUGUCCCAGCACUCUCUACCUGGCGUGGCUGGACUUCUUGUCACGUGAUCUGAGACCUCCAGUCCUGUUGGUCAGAGGAAACCAGGAAAACGUCCUCACCUUCUACUGCCAAUAAAAUGCCUUCAUGCUCACUAGCACCCUGACAAUUUUCAUCCUGACUAUACAGGUGUCAGUGCCUUCAUGACUGUUGAUGUUGCCUGUAAUUAUGAUUCCUGUAUCCACCGUGUUGUUCUUUAAUUCAUAUUCUAGAGGUACUGCAGAGGUGAAUCACUCUCUGGGAUAUAUUUACAGUUCAAGACAUUAUUGAAUUUAAAGGCUGUUAGGCACCAGAAUCAUUUUAUUUCAUUUCUGAACUUUUUUCUUUAGAUUUAUCGCACAAAUAUGGAUUACUGUAGUUCACUUUGAUUAUUGUUACUAAUAUUGUGUGUGUGCCUGUGUGUGUGUGAGAGAGAGAGAGAGAGAGAGAGAGAGAGAGAGAGAGAGAGAGAGAGAGAGAGCAGUUGAACGUGGUUGUGUCAGUUGUUAAAGACAUUCUUUUUGACACUAUGAAUGUCCCUGAAGCUAUGGACUGCUUCUUUAUAGCUCCGAAAAUGCAGAAUAAACAUGCAGAUGAUUAUU